CCGCGGGACCGGGCAGCGGCGUCGGCACCGGGGCCUGCCCAGCCCAGCCCAGCCCCGGCGGGGCGGAACGGCUCGGAGCGGCUCGGGCCGGGCCCCCCCCGCCGCGGGCGGGAUGAACCGGCGGGGGCUCUGCCAGGGGCUCUACUGGCUGCUGCUGCCGCUCGCCCUGCUCGCCGCCUGCCUUUUCCGCUACAACGUCCUGUCCCUGGUGUACCUGCUCUUCCUGCUGCUCCUGCCCUGGUUCCCGGGGCCCUCCUCGCGCUUCACCACAGGUCACAGCAGCCGCAUCCUCAAAGCUCUGCUGGGGAUCAGCAUCCUCUUCCUCCUCGCCCACCUGGUUUUCCAGAUAUGCCUGUACACACUGCCCGUCCUGGACCAGCUGCUGGGGCCCAGCUGCAGCUCCUGGGAGGUCCUGGCUCGGCACAUAGGGGUCACCAGGCUGGACUUGAGUGACAUUCUCAACUCGGUGCGGCUGGUGGCACCCGACGUUGGCAUCCUGCUGGUCUCGUCACUGUCCUUGUGCCUGUGCCGCCGCCUCAGCCCUGCCCCCUCCAGAGGGAAUCCCGAGUCCCUGGAGUCCUCGGAGUGGAGGGAAGAGAAGGACGCGGGGCGGCAGCGGCGCGCGGCGCACAGGGACUCGCGGCUGCGGAGCCGGCUGCGGGACAAGGCUCACUCCCUGCUCUGGGAGGCUGGCAAGGGCCUGAGCAUCCUGCUGCUGGCCCUGGCAGGGAUCACCCUGCCCUCCGCCUCCUCCAGCGUCUACUUCCUGCUGUUCAUGGGGCUGUGCACGUGGUGGGCCUGUCACCUCCCCUCCAGCCACCAGGCCUUCAACGUCUUCUGCAUCCUGGUUGGCAUCUACAGCGCCUGCCACCUGCUGUGCCUCUAUGCCUACCAGACCCCCUUCGUCCAGGGGGUGUUCCCACCGCCCACCAUCUGGGCACGGGUGUUUGGCUUCAAGGACAUCAUCCUGUACUACAACUGCUCCCAGCCCAACACCCUGGACCUCAACAACAGCCACCCCUGGCCCGUCUACGCCAACCCUGGCGUCCUGCUCCUGCUCUACUACACCGUGGCCACCCUGGUGAAGCUGCGCUGGCGGGAUGCCAAGAGAACCGUGGCACCGGCACGGCCGCGUCCCAGGGACCUGGUGGAGCUGGAGAGCUGGCCCCAGGACACCCACCGUGUGGCUGAGGACACCAAGCCCAUGCUCUACCCCAGCACUGGGAAACCGGGCACCAGCACCGAGAACUGCACCGUCCACGUCUUGAACACACGCAGGAGGCAUCCGUCGGCGUGGCUGCCCCUGCGCAGCCUGGGCCACGUCCUCAUGAAGCAGAGCUACGUGUCCGCCCUCAUCGCCAUGAUGGUGUGGAGCAUCAUGUACCACAGCUGGCUGACCUUCGUGCUGCUGCUCUGGGCGUGCCUGAUCUGGACGGUGCGGAGCCGCCGGCACUUCGCCAUGCUGUGCUCGCCCUUCCUGGUGCUCUACGCCAUCGCCCUGUGCAGCCUGCAGUACGUCUGGGCCAUGGACGUGGUCGCCGAGCUGCCCACCCACAUCAGCUUCAUGCAUCUGCAGCCGCUGGGGCUGGUGCAUCCCAACUAUCCCUGCAUGGCCCUGGGGGCAAAGCUCCUGCUCACCCUGACCUUCUGGAUGCUGCUGCGGAGGUUCGUUACCGAGAAGGUGCUAACGAGGAGGGCCCCGGCCACGCCGCUGCUGGAGGUGUCUGUGGCAGAGACAGAAACCAGCCAGAUGCGGGACGUGCUGCACAAGCUGGGGGAGGUGGUGAGGAAUUUCUUUGCCAAGUUCUGGAUCUGUGUCUGCGCUGCCAAGUUCAUCGUGGUGACCUUCGCCGGCCGCCUCGUCCUCUACAAGAUCGUCUACAUGCUCCUCUUGCUCCUCUGCCUCAUGCUGUUCCAGGUGUACUACAGCCUGUGGCGCAAGGUGCUCAAGGGUUUUUGGUGGCUGGUGGUGGCCUACACCAUGCUGGUGCUCAUCGCCACCUACACCUACCAGUUUGAGGACUUCCCCAUGUACUGGAGGAACAUUACGGGCCUCAACGAUGACCAGCUGAGCGACAUGGGCCUGCAGCAGUUCAGCGUCUCCAAGCUCUUCUCCAGCAUCCUCAUGAUGGGUUUCUUCCUCCUGGCCUGCAUCCUCCAGCUCCACUACUUCCACGAGCCCUUCAUGCUCAUCACUGACCUGCAGCACAUCCGCCCCCCCUCUCCGGCCCCAGACCACAUCCCCAGGUCUGAGGAGCUGCACGGGAGCCGCCUGCUGCGGGAUGUGGCCUCUGCCGAGACCGCCUGGUCCCGAGACUCGGACACGGCGUCCCUGGCAUCCAACAAAUGGGGGCUGGUGCUGGAGCGCCUGGUCGUGCUGGGCCGCGCCUUCUCGGACAGGGUGACACGCGGGGAGGUCUUCAUGAGGCGCCUGCUGGAGCUCCACGUCGUCAAGUUGGUGGCUCUCUACACUGUCUGGGUGGCCCUGGAGGAGGUCUCGGUGAUGAACUUCUUGCUGGUGCUGCUGUGGACCUUGGCCGUGCCCUACUGCCGCUUCCGCCACAUGGCCUCGUGCCUCUCCACCGUCUGGACCUGCAUCAUCAUCGUCUGCAAGAUGCUCUACCAGCUGGAGGUCGUGGACCCCCACGAGUACUUCAGCAACUGCACCCAGCCCCUACCCAACGGCACCAACCUGACCCCAGAGGAGCUGGGCAACUCCACGCUCUACCGUGGCCCCGUGGACCCUGCCAACUGGUUCGGCAUCCGCAAGGGUUUCCCCAACUGGGGAUACGUCAAGAACCACCUGCAGGUGCUGCUGCUGCUGGUGUUCGAGGCCGUGGUGUACCGGCGCCAGCAGUACCACCGCAAGCAGCACCAGCUGGUGGCCCCCGUCACCGAGACUGUCUUCGAGGACAUCUCCCGCGAGCACCUGGACCUCGGCCUCGUCAGCUGCGCCAAAUACUUCAUCAACUACUUCUACUACAAGUUCGGUUUGGAGAUCUGCUUCCUGAUGAUGGUGAACGUGAUCGGGCAGCGGAUGAACUUCGUGGUGAUCCUGCACGGCUGCUGGCUCGUGGUGAUGCUGACGCGGCGGCGGCGCGCGGCCAUCGCCCGCCUCUGGCCCAAGUACUGCCUCUUCCUCGUCAUCUACUUCAUCUACCAGUACCUGCUGUGCCUGGGGAUACCACCCGCCCUCUGCAUGGACUAUCCCUGGCGCUGGAGCAAUACCAUUCCCCUCAACUCGGCCCUCGUCAAGUGGCUCUACCUGCCCGACUUCUUCGAGGCUCCCAAAUCCACCAACCUCAUCAAUGAUUUCCUGCUGCUGCUGUGCGUGGCCCAGCAGUGGCGCGUCUUCGAGGCCGAGCGCUCCGAGCCGUGGCUGCAGGCGGCCGGGGACAACUCCGACCGGCUGGACCGGGAGCAGGAGCACCACAACCCCACCCCAAACUUCAUCUACUGCAAGUCCUACCUGGACAUGGUGAAGGUGGUGGUGUUCCACUACUUCUUCUGGGUCGUCCUGGUGGUGGUUUUCAUCACCGGUACCAACCGCAUCAGCCUCUUUGGCCUGGGCUACGUGCUGGCCUGCUUCUACCUGCUGCUCUCGGGCACGGCCAUGCUGCGCAAGCCGGCCCGCGCCCGCCUCGUGCUCUGGGACUGCCUCAUCCUCUACAACAUCGCCGUCAUCAUCUCCAAAAACAUGCUCUCGCUCCUGUCCUGCGUGUUCGUGCAGCAAAUGCAGAGCAGGUUCUGCUGGGUGAUCCAGCUCUUCAGCCUCGUCUGCACCGUCAAGGGCUACUACAACCCCAAGGCGAUGCCCAAGGACCACGACUGCACGCUGCCCGUGGAGGAGGCCGGCAUCAUUUGGGACAGCAUCUGCUUCUUCUUCCUCCUGCUCCAGCGCCGCAUCUUCCUCAGCUCCUACUACUUGCACGUCAUGUGGAACCUCCGAGCCUCUGCCCUGCAGGCUUCCAGGGGCGUGGCACUGUUCAAGGCCAGCAUCUUGAAGAGCCUGCGCUCGCACCGGCAAGCCGAGAGGAAGUCGCUGGACCAGCUGAAGCGGCAGAUGGAGCGGAUCCGAGCCAAGCAGCAGAAGUACCACCAGGAGCUGGCCACCAGCGCGGGGCAGGAAGGAGCCAGAGCAGCUCCCGGCGGCCCGGCAGACCCGUCCCGGCAGAGGGAGCGGUGGUGGCGGCCAUGGUUAGACCACGCCGCAGUGCUGCAUUCCGGGGAAUACUUCCUCUUCGAGUCGGACAGCGAGGAGGAGGAAGAGGUGCAGGAGGAGCCACGGCCGGGGAGGCCGAGCGCCUUCCAGCUCGCCUACCAGGCCUGGGUGACCAACACCAGGACGGUGCUGCAGCAGCAGGAGCAGCCCGAGCAGCCGAGGCCACCCACCACCGACAGCGCUGCAGGGGAUGGCACAAGGAGAGAGGUGGAGGCUGCCGAGGGGGCCGAAGGCCAGGAGGAAGAGGAUGGGCAAAGUUCUGAGCGCAGCAACGUCUUGCAGCGGGUUCUGAACAUGCUGAGGUUCCUGUGGCUGCUGUGCCAGGCCCUGGUGGACGGGCUGACCCAGUGGCUGGACAGCCAAACCCGGGAGCACACGGACAUGUCGCAGGUCCUGUGCCUCGAGAGAUUUGUCAUGGCGGAGCGGCUGGCCAGGGGAGAGGAGAUAAACCAGGAGUUCCCAGAUGAGCUCUACGAGAGAGAGCUGCUGCCGGAGGAGCUGCUGCAGAAGCUGAGCUCGCCCGGCUCCUUGGCUGCAGAGCUCCAAAGCAGCACUUCCAGCAACCAGGAGCAGGUGAUAAACGUGGAGGACGUGGCUGAUGCUCAGCAGUUCCUGGCCGUUCCCCAGCAGCGCAGGCGGACUGCCAGUGAGCUCCUCAAGAGCAGGAGGUUGUGUGUCUCCGAGCUGGAGGAGUCGGAACGGUUCUACCGAUCCCACAACCGGUUCCUGAAGCUGCUGCUGGCCGGGUACCGCUUCGGGACCGGCCACUCCGAGCUGCUCUGUUACUUCACCAUCAUCCUCAACAACAUGGUCACCGGCUCCGUCAUCUCCCUCUUCCUGCCCAUCCUCGUCUUCCUCUGGGCCAUGCUUUCCAGCCCCCGGCCCACCAAGCGCUUCUGGGUGACCGCCAUCGUCUUCACCGAGAUGAUGGUGGUGGUGAAAUACCUCUUCCAGUUUGGCUUCUUCCCCUGGAAUGGCUACAUCACCCUGCUGCGCAACGAGGGCAAGCCCUUCUUCCCGCCACGCAUCCUGGGCUUGGAGAAGUCCAUCCACUACAUCAAGUAUGACCUGCUGCAGCUCCUGGCCCUCUUCUUCCAUCGCUCCCUGCUGCUGUCCUAUGGGCUGUGGGACCAGGAGAAGACGACGGACAAGAAGGAUGAGAGCAAGGAAGGGGAGGAGAAGCCGGAGGAAGCCGUGUCCCUACAGCCAGAGGUGGCUGAGGAAGGGCUGGAGGCUCCAGCCCAGCCAGGAGCACUGGAAGCAGCCUCGGAGCUGCAGCUGGAGCUGGAGGGCGAGUCUGUGGAGCAGGAAGAGGGGACCGAGGCCACGCAGCUCCGCUUCAGGAGGAAGCAGAGGAGGAAGACAACGGAGAUGGUUCCAGUGGAAGGGCCCGAGGAGGAGGAAGAGGAGGAGGAGGAGGAGGAGGUGUCAGAAGAGAGCCACGCUCAGAGGAAGCUGAAGGCGUUUGGCUUGCGGGUCAAGGGCUUCUUCCUCACCACGGCACAGAACGUGUACCAGCCAGUGUGCCAGUUCUGCCGGGACAUCCUGGACACACAGAGCCGUGCAGCCACCGACGUCUACGCCUACAUGUUCCUGGCUGACGUGGUCGACUUCAUCAUCAUCAUCUUCGGCUUCUGGGCCUUUGGGAAAUACACGGCGGCCGCCGACAUCACCUCCUCGCUGUCGGAAAACCAAGUGCCGAAGGCUUUCCUGUUCAUGCUGCUCUUCCAGUUCAGCACCAUGGUCAUCGACCGCGCGCUCUACCUCCGCAAGACCGUGCUGGGCAAGCUCGUCUUCCAGGUCACCCUGGUCUUCGGCAUCCACAUCUGGAUGUUCUUCAUCCUGCCCUACGUCACCCAAAGGUUGUUCCGCCAAAACACGGUGGCCCAGCUGUGGUACUUCGUGAAGUGCAUCUACUUUGGACUGUCGGCCUACCAGAUCCGCUGUGGCUACCCCACCCGCAUCCUGGGCAACUUCCUCACCAAGAAAUACAACCACCUCAACCUCUUCCUCUUCCAGGGGUUCCGCCUCGUGCCCUUCCUGGUGGAGCUGCGGGCCGUCAUGGACUGGGUGUGGACGGACACCACGCUGUCCCUCUCCAACUGGAUGUGUGUGGAGGACAUCUACGCCAACAUCUUCAUCAUCAAGUGCAGCCGGGAGACUGAGAAGAAAUACCCCCAGCCCAAGGGGCAGAAGAAGAAGAAGGUGGUGAAGUACGGCAUGGGAGGCCUCAUCAUCCUCUUCCUCGUGGGCAUCAUCUGGUUCCCGCUGCUCUUCAUGUCCCUGGUGCGCUCCGUGGUGGGCAUCAUCAACCACCCCAUCGACGUCACCGUCACCCUCAAGCUGGGGGGGUACGAGCCUCUGUUCAGCACAAGCUCCCAGCAACAAUACAUCCAGCCCUUCACCUCGCAGGACUACGAAGAGCUCACCAAAGAGUUUGAGAGCGAGCCGCUGGCCAUGCAGUUCAUCAGCCUCUACGACGUGGAGGACAUCGUGACCGCCCGCAUCGAGGGCAGCUCGGGCUCGCUGUGGAGCGUCAGCCCCCCCAGCCGCGAGCAGAUGCGGCUGGAGCUGCAGAACGGCUCCUCUGACAUCACCCUGCACUUCAACUGGAUCUUCCAGAGGGACCUGGGCAAGGGGGGCACGGUGGAGAACGCCUACGGCAAACACGACACAGACCUGGAGCCCGGCGCGCCCCAGCGCCUGCAGCUGGCCCAGCUGCUGGAUGGCACCAGGAAGGAGCCCGUGGAAUUGCUAAACCUCUUCCCCAAAUACAUCCGGGCGCCCACCGGCCUCGAAGCUGAACCUAUCAAGCAGCUGCUGCCAGAUGACGAGGACAGCUACCUGGACGUGGAGGUGCAUCUGAAACAGGAGCGCAGGGGCUCUGGCCCUGGCGAGCACUUUGUGGAGUGGUGGGUGCUGAGGCAGAAGAACGCCCCACCCCAGGAGGGCAACAUCCUCCCCAUGAUCAUCUUCAACGACAAAGUCAGCCCCCCCAGCCUGGGCUUCCUGGCUGGCUACGGGAUCAUGGGGCUCUACGUGUCCGUCGUGCUGGUGAUCGGCAAGUUCGUGCGGGGCUUCUUCAGCGAGGUCUCGCACUCCAUCAUGUUCGAGGAGCUGCCCUACGUGGAUCGCAUCCUGAAGCUGUGCCAGGACAUCUUCCUGGUGCGGGAGACGGGCGAGCUGGAGCUGGAGGAGGAGCUCUACGCCAAGCUCAUCUUCCUCUACCGCUCGCCCGAGACCAUGAUCAAGUGGACACGGGAGAAGGAAUAAGGGGAAGGGGCUGCAGCCCCCCCUGACAGGGACAUCACCGCCAAUGCCUUAAGCAGCCCACCCCAGCUGGGGCACGUCCCGGCCCGGGAGGCAGGGGGAUGUGGGGUUCUGGGCACUCCCGUGGAGGGAGGAUGUUUUUCUGGAUGUUUUUCUUACAUUGCUUUGAAGCCGUCCGACCUGCACGGACCACGUUGUGCCUUCCCGGGGAGGGGGGACAGGAAGUGGCCCCCCCACCCACUGGGCACCCCUGGCUGCCAGGUGGGGUUGGGGGGUUAAGAGCCAGCCCGUGCCCCCUCCCUGCCGGCCCCAGCCCUGCUCCAGAACCAGGUUGAACUCGAGCAAUAGCCCCCCACCCCCAGCUCCAGGAUGGGGGUCCUGGGUUGUGGCCCCCCCAUGUUUGAGGAGGUCUGGCAGCCCCAGUUGGACUUUAGACACUUGUGACUUUGAGUUUGUGUUUUUUUAAUAAUUCAAAUGUUUUAUUUAUACAGAUACCGAAUAAAACAAACUUGAGGCC